CACCGUAGUUGUUUCUGACGACAUAAUUGGGCUCCUGGGAGUCAAACAUGGCUAAUAAAGGGGGAAAACAGAGCCGCUCAAGCUCCGGCUUUACUGGGAGGAAAGGUGCCGGGGAGCAGGAGGAGGAGGAGCAGCCGCUACAGGCCGUUUUAGUCGCUGACAGCUUUAACCGGAGGUUUUUCCCGGUGACCAAGGACCAGCCGCGGGCUCUGCUGCCGCUGGGAAACGCUGCUAUGAUCGACUACACCCUGGAGUUCCUCACCUCCACCGGGGUGCAGGAAACCUUCGUGUUCUGCUGCUGGAUGGCCAGUAAAAUCAAGGCCCACUUAUUGAAGUCAAAGUGGUGUAGACCCUCCUCUCCUAACACGAUCCACAUCAUCACAUCAGAGCUGUACCGUUCCCUUGGUGAUGUGCUUCGGGAUGUUGAUGCAAAGUCUCUGGUGCGCUCUGACUUUGUGUUGGUUUAUGGAGAUGUGGUGUCCAACAUCGACAUCAGUCAAGCCCUGCAGCAUCACAGGCAUCGGAGACAGAUGGACAAGAACAUUUCGGUCAUGACAAUGAUCUUUAAGGAGUCCUCGCCGGGUCAUAGGUCCCGCUGUGAAGAAGAUGAUGUCGUCGUGGCGAUGGACAGCAAGAGCCAGCAGAUUUUACACUACCAGAAAACACAGGGGCUAAAGAAGCUACACUUUCCGAUGAAUAUUUUCCACAGUGGGAGUGAUGAGUUUGAAAUCAGGCAUGACCUCCUGGACUCCCACAUCAGUAUCUGCUCUCCGCAGGUUGCUGAACUUUUUACAGAUAACUUUGACUACCAAACCAGGGACGAUUUCGUCCGAGGAAUACUGGUCAACGAAGAGAUCCUCGGCAAUCAGAUCCACAUGCACGUCACCAAAGACGGCUACGGCGUCCGAGUUUCCAACUUGCUCAUGUACGAUUCCGUGUCUUCGGACUUUGUGCGUCGAUGGUUUUACCCCCUCACGCCGGAGUCCAACUUCACGGACCAGGAGGGACGCAGCUGCACCUACUCUCGCCACAAUGUCUACCGGGGAUCCGGGGUCAGCCUGGGUCACGGCAGCCAGAUGGUGGAAAACGUUCUUAUAGGCUGCGACACCAGCAUAGGUGCCAACUGCUGCAUCUCCAACAGCAUCAUUGGCGACAACUGCACCAUUGGUGACAAUGUAACCCUGGACCAUGCCUACAUCUGGAAUGAUGUUCACAUUGCCAGUAACGUGGCGAUCAGACAGUCUGUGGUCUGCGACAAGACCGAGGUCAAAGAGGGCGUGACCCUGAAUAAGCAGUGUGUCCUGGCAUAUAAUGUGGUGAUUGGGUCAAACAUGUCUCUGCCAGAAGGAACCGUGGUGUCCAUGCACCACCCAGACGAGGAAGAGGAGGACGACGCUGAUGAGUUCCUCAGUGAUGACGCCGAGGUCGGGCAGAGCAAAGACAAAACCAAACAGAAAAUUUUUAACCCAGCGGAGGUUGGAGCAGAGGGGAAAGGUUAUGUCUGGAAACCCGGCGGUCUGGAUGACACGGAGGAAGAGGAGCUGUCCCAGGGCCUGUGGGGUUUGGUGUUGAACCCAGAUCCUGAGAGCGACAGCGAGGACAGUGAACCUGACGGCCCCGAUGACCUCAUGAUUCCCUCACCUGAGAUGGACGACGUUAAAGUCUUCCAGAUGGAGGUGAUGGGGACUCUGCAGCGAGGUCUGGAGGAGAACAUCGGCUGCGACAACCUGGUGCUGGAGAUCAACUCUCUCAAGUACGCCUACAACAUCAGUCUGAAGGAGGUGAUGCAGAUAUUAACCAGCGUAGUGCUGGAGUACCCCUUCCAGCAGCAGGGCCCCAACCUCACGCCUUCACAAUACGUUGCUCUGCUUCUACCUCUGUUGAAGAAAUGGGCACCAGUCUUUAAGAACUAUGUGAAGAGAGCCCAGGACCACCUAGACUGCUUAGCUGCCUUUGAGGAACACUUUCUGGAGCAGGAGAGCCACUGGCCUGCUAUGGUCAAGGUCCUCAUGAGCAUGUACGAGCUAGAGAUCCUGGAGGAGGAGAUGAUACUGCGCUGGUUUUCUCAGGGAGCCACGACAGACGCAAGCAGACGGCUCCGAAAGAACCAGGGGCUUCAGAAGUUCAUCCACUGGCUGGAAGAGGCCGAGGAGUCUUCAGAAGAAGAUGGGGAGUAACGUGGAGCACUUAGUGAUAGUUUUAACUUAUGAACUCUUUAGCAUACGCUGCCGUGUGACGGAUGCAGCAGCUUCAACACCCUGCAGAAUCUGCUCUCUGCAGGUAAAGCAAACAUCCAUUAUUAUCACAGACAUCUAACUCGCGUCCAAAACUCUUGUGAUCAUAAUGCUUGUAAGAAUAAAGAACAGGCAGUCAGUCUGCUCAGACUGAAGCGUCA